AUGGCUUGGCAGACUAUCAGAUCUCAUGAUAUUGAGGUUAGCUGGAAGGAUUUUGUUUGGUUUGCGCAAUGUAUCCCUAAACAUGCAUUUCUUGUUUGGCUGAUUAUGAGGAAGAAGCUGAUGACCCAAGAUAAAAUGCUCGUUUGGAACCAAGUUAGGAGAAAAAGUAUGAACAUGAUGUGCUGCCUUCUUUGUUACAAGAACAUUGACUCACAUGGUCAUCUUUUCUUUGAGUGUGAGUACUCGGCUCAAGUAUGGUGCAAAGUUCGAAGUCACGCUGAUAUGGAGAAUAUUCCGCCGAUUUGGAAUAACAUUUUAAGCGACAUGCUCCAAAGAAGAUCCUCCAAGUUGAUCGCUAAUGUAGUUGCUAAACUCUGUGUUGCUGCUGCCGCUUAUUAUAUCUGGAGGGAACGGAACAAAAGGUUAUUCCACAAUCAUGCUAGGCCCCCUGACAUGUUAGCACAGGAAAUAAUAGCUACUGUUCGUUACAAGCUCAUGGGAAUGAAGUUCAAGACAUCGGCUCAAGUGACAAGGAUGUUGGAUAAAUGGAACAUUCAUGGGGAUGCAGUGUUUUCUAGUGUUGAUUCGACAUGUCCUAUGAAUAGAUAG